AUGGAGCGCAAAUCGCAAAAGAGAAGAAGGAAAUCAAAAGAUUUUCUUGAAAAAUCAGUACUAAUGUUUUCAAAUGACAAAGAAGCUGAAAUUUCUCAGGGAGAGAGCAAAGAAUCUGUUGAAGAGGGCUCCAGUUCCCACUCGAAAAGCAAAGAGGAAGGAAAGACGACCCAAGACGCUUCUUCAAAACAACAAAAUGGCUCUUCUUCUGAUGUUGAUAGUCUCCAACAAAAUGAAUUAAUUGAGAAGAAGUCCCAUUUUUUCUUGGGUCAGAUAUUCACUGACGAGGACGUUAUUACGUUGCUUCAAGGUCUCAUAGAUUUUAAGUCUAAGCAUUGGGAUGAAAGUAAGACCGAGUUUCAUUUGUUAAAGGACAAGCUUCAUAUGGAGUUUACGAAGCUUCAAGUCACUGAAAAACUUCGGAGACUCAAACAAAAGUUUUUUGGAAAUUUCAAUAGGAAGAAACGGGCUCCUUUGGAAUUCUCUAAUGCAUACGAAUCUACAGUUUUCAAGCUUUCGGAGAAACUUUGGGGAAAUGAGGGUCUUGAAAACAAGAAAAAUGAGAAAUCUCUAAAGCGGGAAAGAGUGGGCACGGAAGAAAAAGAGCAAAAUGUGGAAAAAGAAAUCUUAGAAGAUGAAGUGGACGUGGAAUCAAAUUACCCAUUAUUGCCUCAGUCUUUCCAAAUAAAUAUUGGAGGAAUAAUCUCUUCGGAUAUGCUCAAGAAGAAUUGGACAAUGAGGAGAAGUGAUAAGGCACAACACAUUGAGGCAGAAUGGAGAAAACUUAUGAUACAGGAGCUUGCGCUGGGGUGGAGCCAGGAUUUUAGUUCAGUGCGGGCAAAAUUUUUUCGACGACGAAUGUCGAGAUUCGCAGAGAGCCAGAGCCCAGAGGCAACAUUGAAUUGGUGGUCCACUAGAACUCGGCCGGUUGGCAUUGGUACUUGGCACCUUGACGGAGUUGAGGAUGUAGAGUCUGAGUCGGAGAUGUGA